AUGAAUGUACUAAAUCUCGAGACCAGGAAUUGUGAUGGGCGUCUGCUUAUUAUUGUGAGUUUGACGCUUUGCUUGCAUCUCAGGGAAUAUCGGGAACAUGUGAAGGAUUUAUCUUGCAUAUCAAAGGAUCUAAGCCGAAUUGUCAUUGUUGAUAACAAUCCAUUUAGUUUCUUGUUACAACCUCUAAAUGGAAUUCCGUGCAUUCCGUUUGCUGCUGGACAACCGCAUGACAUACAGCUUUUGGAGGUUAUCCUUCCACUUCUCAAGCAUCUCUCCCAGCAGAAAGAUGUGCGGCCCGUGCUCUACGAAAGAUUUCAUAUGCCAGAAUGGUUUCAAAAGCAUGGAAUCCCUGCCUCUGCAUUGACAAGUGUAGGAUGAAAAUCUUGCAAGUGAAAUUGCUUCUAAUUCCUGGAGACAUCAAUUCUGUAAUUUGUUCUGCAAGUGCAGUACCCCUUCACUCGAAGAACAAUUUUGUAUAGCUAAUUUUGUGUAGAGGAGCAGCCAUUGACGAAGUCCCAAGUUUCUCAAGUCUGAUCGGAGUGUUUUCCUCCCUACGUUCGCACAACAUUCUCAUUGCGGAAAUUCAGAUUAUUCUGUAACUUGUUAAUAGCCUCCAAUCUCAGUCGAUGUUAGUGUUUGUGCAAUUGUUGUAAACAUUCGUCGCCAAUAAUUAUUCCUUCUCUCACACAAAUUCUAAUGUAAAGGGUUGAUCAUUGGACGCUCUCUUCAGGAAUGGUAAUCUUCGUUUCUUAAACAUUCUGAGUGGAACCCAGAAUCUUUCUACA